AUGAACGGCACAAGCACUGAAUCUUUUACCAAGAGCCGGUCAGGCAGUAGCCGAGUGCUCGUGUUCCUCGUGGUGUUAUUCGCACUGACAACUGUGGCAUUGGCAGUGGUGGUAGCACUGACCGUGCUGAAGGUCAAGGACAUAGAGGAUAUACGUCGUGGUCUCAAAAUGAACGGCACAAGCACUGAAUCUUUUACCAAGAGCCGGUCAGGCAGUAGCCGAGUGCUCGUGUUCCUCGUGGUGUUAUUCGCACUGACAACUGUGGCAUUGGCAGUGGUGGUAGCACUGACCGUGCUGAAGGUCAAGGACAUAGCGGAAUCGGAUAUAUGCCUGACAGAGGGCUGCGUUAUGGCGGCCGCCAGGUUGCGUGGCGCCAUGGAUACUAAGGUGAACCCAUGUGAUGACUUUUUCAACUUCGCGUGCGGUACGUGGAUCCAAAAGCACGUGAUACCAGAGGACAAGAGUUCGUUUGGCACUUUCACCCAACUUGGGGAUGACGUAAAUGUCAUAGUAAAAGGUGUUCUUGAAGUCGCCGACAAGCACGACGACCCGGAAGUGGUCACAAAGGCAAGAAAGUACUACAAGGCAUGUUUUGACGAAAAGAAAAUAGAAGACUUGGGCCUAACCUAUAUCCAAUCUUAUCUGACGGCACUUGGCGGAUUCCCAGUCCUUGCGUCGAAACCUGGAGGCAACUGGGUUGCAGCUGGGUUCGACUUGGUGAAUCUAUUGGUGAGGACUAGAAAUGGAACAAAUAUCUUGCCUCUGAUAGACGUGGGUGUGGUGCAGGAUGACAAGAACCCAUCGAAAUAUAUCCUCUACGUAGAUCAACCCAACCUCGGUAUGCCGAGCAGGGACUAUUAUCUCAAGGAGCGCAAUGCCACCGACCUGAUGGCCUACCAGACCAUGUUGGAAGAGAUUGCCGUAGCUCUAGGGCCUGAUCAAAGGAAGGCUAGUGAAGCUGCAAAGCAAGUGGUUGAUCUGGAGAUUGAUUUAGCAAAUAUUACUGUACGCAAGGAGGACAGGCGGGACCCUGAAAAGCUGUACAAUAAAAUGACCAUCACCGACUUGGCGUCACAGUUUCCAGGAGUGGCAUGGCAAAGACUUAUAACUGGCAUUUUUAAUCACGUUGGCAUGACGAUAGAUGCCAACGAACCUGUUAUUGCUAUGGCUCCACCAUUUCUUGUCAAGUUUGGAAGCAUGCUUAGCAGAUACACCGCAGAGACGCUGGCAAACUAUGUUGUUUGGCAGAGAGUCGUUAGCAACACAGAGUUUCUCCCAAAAAAGUUUAAGGAAAUCCGUCUUAAGUACAGUAAGGUGAUUUACGGGACUGCCUCCGUACCCGCCCGCUGGCAGACAUGCGCCAAAAUUGUGACCAACGCUAUGCCGGAAGUAGUUGGUCGGCUGUUUGUGGAAACGGCCUUCAAGGAGGACGCCAAGAGAGAUGUAUUGGAUCUUGUAGACAAGCUGCGUGAGGCGUUUAAGGAAAUGAUUGACCACCUUGACUGGAUGAGCUACACAACCAAACAGAUUGCCAAGGAAAAGGCCAAUUACAUAGACCCGCGAAUCGGUUACCAAGAUCUUGUGUACAAAAACAACGACUUGAAUAAUUUGUAUAAAAAUGUGACUGUAGAUGAGAACGACCCCCUGAAGACUCUUGUCAGUAUAAGAGAGGCAUCGGUUAUACGCACACUUCUGCUGCUGAGAAAGGACUACGACAAAUCAGAGUGGCACAUGUCCCCAGCAACUGUGAAUGCCUAUUAUGCGCCAAAUAUCAACUCAAUAACAUUCCCCGCUGCCAUUCUCCAACCUCCGUUUUAUUCAAAAGACCAACCGGCCUAUUUGAAUUAUGGAGGAAUUGGGUACGUCAUCGGUCACGAGAUUACGCACGGUUUUGACGAUCAAGGACGUAUGUAUGACAAAGAGGGAAACCUUAAGUCCUGGUGGACGGCGGAUGACGGCACGAAGUUUGUGGAACGUGCUCAGUGCAUCAUAGAUCAGUACAACGGCUUCGUGGUGCCAGGAACAGGCAAUAUGACUGUGGAUAAUGGUAUCAACACCCUUGGCGAAAAUAUAGCGGAUUCUGGUGGCAUAAAAGAAAGCUUCAAUGCGUACCGAAAGUGGGUGAACACUGCAAGAGGAGGCAAGGAGGAGCCCAAACUGCCUGGUCUGGCCUACACACCGAAUCAGCUGUACUUUCUCAAUGCUGCACAGGUUUGGUGCGGAAGUAUGAGAGAUCAAGCGAAGGUGGGGCAUAUUCGUACACAACCACAUAGCAUAUCGGAGUACAGAGUGUACGGUCCUAUGCAGAACUACGAUGAGUUCUCCAAGGCAUGGAACUGCCCUGCAGGAUCCUUCAUGAACAGUAGGCGCAAGUGCUCCGUCUGGUAG